AUGGAGCGGACGGACGCAGUUAGGUACUGCAUCCGCGAGGCUGGCCAAGUGGAUGGGUAACUUUUCGAGGAACAGUGCUCGCGGGACCUGGUGGAAAGCUGCCAGGGGCACGGUCAGCAGUGACAGUUCCUGGAAAGCCGACGGCGGCGAGAGCCGGCUGGGCAGGCGCCUCCUGCGGACCGGAGCGGAGCGCGGGGCCGGGCUGGGAUAGCCGGCCUGGGGUAGGAGCGGCAGGAAGCGAAAUGGUUACUUUUUUUUACUGCGGGCUCUGAUUACUUUUGAAGAUCGCCGGCCCCAGGCGGGCUCCCGGCGCGGAGCGGAGACUGGUUUUUUCUCUCCGCAGAGGAGGAUCGCGAAGAGACGCAGAGCUGGGGCGUGGGCAAUGCGGGGGCCUGGACCAGGCGCCUCAUACUCGGAGCAGCGGAGUCCGCCGCGCCAGCGGGGGCGCGGGGUGGGCUCUGCGGAGCUGGAGGACCUUUAGUCGGGCCCCCCACGGCCGGUUAGGGAGCUGCCGCGGCAGCCAUUAUUUGAUGCCCUGUGACUGAGACACCAGGCUUUCAACGUCAUUAUUAUGCCUUUGGAGAUGGAGCCCAAAAUGAGCAAACUGGCCUUCGGGUGUCAGCGAAGUUCCACCUCGGAUGAUGAUUCCGGCUGUGCCUUGGAGGAGUACGCCUGGGUGCCCCCAGGCCUCAGGCCAGAGCAGAUUCAGCUCUACUUUGCCUGCUUGCCAGAGGAAAAGGUCCCAUACGUUAAUAGCCCUGGGGAGAAACAUCGGAUUAAACAGCUUUUGUACCAGUUGCCACCCCAUGAUAAUGAGGUUCGGUAUUGCCAGUCUUUGAGUGAAGAGGAGAAGAAAGAAUUGCAAGUGUUCAGUGCUCAACGGAAGAAAGAAGCACUUGGAAGAGGAACCAUCAAACUUUUGUCUAGAGCAGUGAUGCACGCCCUGUGUGAGCAGUGCGGGUUGAAGAUAAACGGAGGGGAAGUCGCCGUGUUCGCCUCCCGCGCAGGCCCCGGCGUGUGCUGGCACCCAUCCUGUUUUGUCUGCUUCACGUGCAAUGAACUGCUGGUCGACCUCAUCUAUUUUUAUCAGGAUGGAAAAAUUCACUGUGGCAGGCACCACGCGGAACUGCUCAAACCACGGUGCUCAGCAUGUGAUGAGAUAAUUUUUGCCGACGAGUGCACAGAGGCGGAGGGUCGCCAUUGGCACAUGAAGCACUUCUGCUGCCUUGAGUGUGAGACGGUCCUUGGAGGACAGAGGUACAUCAUGAAGGACGGGCGCCCGUUCUGCUGUGGCUGCUUUGAGUCUCUCUAUGCAGAGUACUGUGAAACCUGCGGGGAACACAUUGGUGUCGACCACGCGCAGAUGACCUACGACGGGCAGCACUGGCAUGCCACAGAAGCCUGCUUUUCUUGUGCCCAGUGCAAAGCCUCUUUGUUGGGAUGCCCCUUCCUUCCCAAACAAGGUCAGAUUUAUUGCUCCAAAACGUGCAGCCUCGGUGAAGAUGUCCAUGCUUCUGAUUCUUCCGACUCCGCGUUUCAGUCAGCUCGGUCAAGAGACUCCAGGAGGAGUGUGCGAAUGGGCAAAAGCAGCCGGUCAGCGGAUCAGUGCAGACAGUCUCUCCUCUUGUCCCCUGCUCUGAACUACAAGUUUCCUGGCCUUUCAGGCAAUGCCGAUGACACCCUUUCUCGGAAAUUGGAUGAUCUGAGCCUCUCCGGGCAAGGAGCAGGUUUUGUCAAUGAAGAAUUUUGGAAAGGCAGAGUAGAGCACGAAACCCCAGAAGACCCUGAAGAAUGGGCCGAGCAUGAAGAUUAUAUGACACAGCUCCUCCUCAAAUUUGGUGAUAAAAGCCUCUUUCAGCAGCAGCCCAGGGAGAUGGAUAUUCGAGCCAGUGAGCACUGGAUAUCCGAUAACAUGGUUAAAAAUAAGACAGAGUUAAAGCAAAACAACCAGAGUCUUGCAAGUAAAAAAUACCAAUCUGAUAUGUAUUGGGCACAGUCACAAGAUGGCCUGGGCGAUUCUGCUUAUGGCAGCCACCCAGGCCCUGCAAGCAGUAGAAGGCUCCAGGAAUUGGACCUGGACCAUGGGGCUGCGGGAUAUAAUCAUGAUCAAACACAGUGGUAUGAAGAUUCCCUGGAGUGUUUGUCAGACUUGAAACCGGAGCAAAGUGUUCGGGAUUCUAUGGAUUCUUUGGCUUUGUCUAAUAUCACAGGGGCUUCAGUGGAUGGAGAAAGCAAGCCGAGGCCAUCAUUAUAUUCUCUGCAAAACUUUGAGGAGAUGGAGACAGAAGAUUGUGAGAAAAUGAGCAACAUGGGAACCUUGAAUUCUUCCAUGCUGCACAGGAGUGCAGAGUCCUUAAAGAGUCUGAGUUCAGAGUUGUGUCCAGAAAAAAUCAUGCCUGAAGAGAAACCAGUCCAUCUGCCGGUGCUCCGAAGGUCCAAGUCUCAGUCCAGACCACAGCAGGUCAAGUUUUCAGAUGAUGUCAUUGACAAUGGGAACUACGACAUCGAAAUCCGGCAGCCUCCCAUGAGUGAAAGGACUCGGAGACGGGUCUACCAUUUUGAAGAGAGGGGAUCCAGGUCUCAUCACCAUCGCCGCAGGAGAAGUCGAAAGUCUCGCUCUGACAAUGCCCUGAAUCUUGUCACAGAGAGAAAAUACUCUCCUAAGGACAGAAUGCAGCUUUAUACCCCUGACAACUAUGAGAAAUUUAUACAGAAUAAAAGUGCCCGGGAGAUCCAAGCAUACAUCCAGAAUGCGGAUCUCUACGGACAGUAUGCCCACGCCACUUCCGACUAUGCCCUGCAGAGCCCGAGAAUGAACAGGUAUCUGGGGCUGUACGGUGGUGACGAUGACUCUUGGUGUACUUCCUCCUCGUCCUCUUCCGACUCCGAAGAAGAAGGGUACUUUCUCGGACAGCCGAUCCCUCAGCCCCGGCCCCAGAGAUACACCUACUAUACAGAUGACCUCUCUAGUCCAACUUCUGUGCUCUCCGCCCCUCAGUUUGGUCAGAGGACAACUAAAUCCAAGAAGAAAAAGGGACACAAGGGCAAAAACUGUAUUAUUUCUUAACCAAGUAGCUACGGAGAUCGUUGGUUUAAAACUUAGCCAUUAACCAUUUGAAGCAUAUCUUUUUUCUCCCAUAGAAAAGUUGCUAAAAUAGUUUAAAGUGCUUUCUUUGCCAAUGUAAAUGAGAACCCAACUGCUGUUUACAAUGUCAGAUGAACAUUUAAAAGGUGUGAUCUCUCCAGUUGACCCUCCUCGGACGGUACAGGUGGACGUGACAUCUUGUGCCUGUUGGGUACAUCACAGUUCUAUGUAGCUGCUUUGGUCUCCAGUCCUAAGGGAAUACUCGAGAUACUGGUGUUGAUUUUUACAAGAUGGAGAACUCCAGCCAUCUUCGUAAGGCAAUGGUGUUCAUCAUUUAUUUAAGUCAGGUUGGCUCCGGGCCUCAUCGGUCUGUCUUGCUGUGAGGCAUGCACAUCUUCAUGAUGACCUAGCUGGCACUGUGCAUCUGGGUGUGCAAGACCAACUUGUCCCCUUUCAGCCCUCGUCAGCCAGGUAAACAUUGUAUUGUAUUAGCUUCAGCUACAGAGUGAAAAAAGACAUUGCUAUUUAUAAUGUAGUAUUUCAUAGACUUAAGUGUAUUCCUAAUUUAAUGGUGCAAAUAUUAAUGUAUAUACUGUACAGUUCAGAUUUUAAAGCUGAUAUUUUUAUAUCCCUGAAUUGUAAGAUGUUUGUUACACUGCAGUUGCUAGAUUUGUUAGGGAAUCAGAAACAGCAUUUAUGAAUGAAGCGAUUGCUUGUAUUUUAGUCAGGAUUUAUAAGUUUAGAUGGUCAAAUUUAUAAUUGCCUAGUGAUGGAAAAGUUUGAUUUUUUUUUUUUUUUUUUGCUUUUUUCAAUAUAAAAAAGGCUCUGUAUGCAUGGUGGGGCUAUGUAAAUACUCUUGAAAACUAUGGCCCUAUUAAUCUUACAAGUGUUAUUUAUGGGUCAAGCAAUGUAAACUGUAUAAAUGUAAAAACAAACAAAAAACCCCACAUGUACCCCUGGAAUAUAUGGUAAAA